CUCCUUUCAGUCAUAUUCAAGAGGUGGACAUUGGCACACCUCGCCAGUUUAGUUACGUUAAUAUAUUUAUAAAAAAAUACAAAAAAAAUUAAAAUGAAGUUUUUUAUGUUGGUAGUUUUGGCAUUGGCUUCGACGGCAAGUGCACAGUUCAAAUGUCCGCCAAAAGACGGGCAAUACGAGGAUGCCAGACAAUGCGAUAAGUACUUCGAGUGUGUGGAUGGGAUAGCAACCGAGAAGCUGUGUCCAGACGGCCUCGUCUUUGACCCCCUUAUCCGCAAAAGGAACAAAUGCGACCAACCUUUCAACGUGGACUGUGGCGAUCGUACCGAACUACAGCCCCCACAGCCCAAAGGAGUCUGCCCCAGGUUAAACGGAUUUUUCGCCCAUGAAGAUCCAGCCACUUGCAACAAAUUCUACAACUGCAUCCAGGGCGAUCACACCGAAAUCACUUGCACAGCAGGACUGCACUUCGACGAGUACUCUGGUACUUGCGUGUGGCCGGAUGCGGCUGGAAGACAAGGUUGCAACCAACAAACCAACACCCUUAAAGAUGGCUUCAAAUGUCCAACUGAAGGACAGAAAGAUCCAAACGGAAACCUGGUCGUCCAUCCUAAGUACGCCCACCCAACAGACUGUCAGAGGUUCUACGUGUGUUUGAAUGGCGUUGAACCCAGGGAUUUAGGUUGUCAAGUAGGUGAAGUGUACAACGAAGAAAGUCAGAGGUGUGAUGCCCCCGAAAAUGUAGCUGGAUGCGAGGACUGGUACAAGGACGAACCAGCAGCAGGGCCACCAAGCAAGAAAAAUUAAUAUGUGAAUAGGUAGAUUUUUUUUAAUAAUUGUAUUUCCAUUUAUAAAACUAAGACAUAUCCUCCUCCGCUAUAGGCAACUGAUCUUACAAAAGCCACCCUUUAGUUGUAUUUAUUUUUUUACCUUCUCAAUGUUACAUAGAAACAUAGCUGUAGGCUUAAAGGAUCUUCCUGUAUACACGCUCCGUUGUUACCAAGAGUGCUCUCUAAAAAAAACCUUCUGUCUAGUUUGUACUUGUCAUAAUGUAAUUAUUUUAAUUUGUAAAUUGAACUGAUUUUUUUACAUUAUUUUUUAUGUGUGAACCUAUGUGUGAGCAAAGAUGUUGUUUAAUAAUAAAAUUUUUAAAAUAAG